AUGGGGAGGGAUGCGAUGCAGCACCGGGGUUUGACCGCCCUGAGGAGGGAUCCUGCUCCCAAAGUAUCUCCCGACGGCACCGUGCCCAUCUACGUGCCGUUCCUUAUCGUGGGAUCUGUAUUCGUCGCCUUCAUCAUCUUGGGGUCGCUGGUGGCGGCUUGCUGCUGCAGAUGCCUGCGGCCCAAGCAGGAGCCCCAGCAGAGCCGAGCCCCCGGGGGCACCCGCCUGAUGGAGACGAUCCCCAUGAUCCCAAGCGCCAGCACCUCCCGGGGCUCCUCCUCCCGCCAGUCCAGCGCCGCCGCCAGCUCCAGCUCCAGCGCCAACUCGGGGGCCAGAGCCCCCCCGACCAGGUCCCAGACCAACUGCUGCCUGCCCGAAGGGACCAUGAACAACGUCUACGUCAACAUGCCGACGAACUUCUCGGUGCUGAACUGCCAGCAGGCCACCCAGAUCGUGCCACACCAGGGGCAGUACCUGCACCCCGGGUACGUGGGCUACGCCGUGCAGCACGACGCGAUGCCGCUGAGCCCGGUGCCCCCCUUCCUCGACGGUUUGCAGGGCGGCUACAGGCAGAUCCAGUCGCCCUACCCGCAGCACACCAGCAGCGAACAGAAGAUGUACCCGGCCGUGACGGUGUAG